AUGGCGAAGCGCUUUGUGUACAAGAUCACCUACCUGCAAACUGGUCCGACCCCGACUUCACCCCUUCCGAGGGACAAGGUUAUCUGUUCGAGGCCAGACGCGACGGCGACGCUGCGACACCGUUUGGUCUACAAGUGGACUAAAGAUCUUGCAACCCCCCGCGUCUUCUCGCUCUACGAUGGAGAAGAGUUGCCCCCUAAAGACAGCAUCAUCAUUGUGAGGUCGAAGGUCACCAGCACCUCGACGCAAACCUAUGCAAUCUUCGGUUGGGGCCAUAAAGUGGAACCACCUCUCCUAGCCGAUAACGAGGUUCCCUUCGCCACCAGAGUCUCUUUCCUAGAGAUCUGUUACCAACGCCAACGACCUCAUGUCCCUGUUCAUGCGCAGCAGCCUCCCAUUCAUCAGGUCCAACCCACUUUCCAGAACACCCUAUCGAACCAUUUCCCAUUUCCCCCGCCAUUUUCUGCUCAUGGCCUGCCCGUACUGUCACCUGUGCCUCCCCCUCAACCCGUCGUGCAACCACCGCUCCAGCACGUUCACACAACAACUCGCCGCCAAUGCCAGCCACGCCCCCGCUUCAGCUCGACCGACAUCGUGAGGUUCUUCGGGGUGCCCCCAAGUGAAACAAAUCCUGUGAUGAGUGGCCCUACUCGGAAAGGAACCAAGCGUGAUCGGGAAGACGACACCUUCGAGUAUUAUCCUAAAGCCAAGCGUAGUAGGGCAGCAACAACACUGGUCGGGCUCGCCGGGGCGAUGGGCAUGAUAGCCCUCCACAUGGCCUUAGUAGGCUAG